AUGUUUGCAGUCUCGGGUGUUGUGGUACGGAGGGAGAACGCGGGUGUCUGGAAGCCCAACACUGAGGAUGCCAGUGAAACUGACCUGGCAAAACAUGAGGAUGAGGACUUUGUAGAAAUGAAAGAACAGAUGUAUCAGGAUAAACUUGCAUCUCUGAAGAGGCAGCUGCAACAGUUGCAGGAAGGUACCCUUCAGGAGUAUCAGAAAAGAAUGAAGAAGCUGGACCAGCAGUACAAAGAAAGGAUACGAAAUGCAGAACUGUUCCUCCAGCUGGAAACAGAUCAGGUGGAAAAAAAUUAUGUCAAGGAAAAGAAGGCAGCAGCAAAGGAGUUUGAAGAUAAGAAAGUUGAGCUUAAGGAAAACUUGAUUGCGGAGUUGGAAGAGAAGAAGAAGAUGAUUGAGAAUGAAAAGCUAACCAUGGAAUUAACAGGAGAUUCAAUGGAAGUGAAGCCGAUUAUGACAAGGAAACUGAGGCGACGACCCAACGAUCCCGUUCCCAUCCCAGACAAGAGGAGGAAACCUGCCCCUGCUCAGCUAAAUUAUUUGUUGACUGAUGAGCAAAUAAUGGAGGACCUGAGAACACUGAAUAAGCUUAAAUCACCCAAGAGACCAGCCUCUCCCUCCUCUCCUGAGCACCUUCCAACCACACCAGCAGAGUCUCCAGCACAGCGGUUUGAAGCCCGGAUAGAAGAUGGAAAACUGUACUAUGAUAAGAGAUGGUAUCACAAGAGCCAGGCUAUUUACCUGGAGUCAAAAGAGAACACCAAGAUCAGCUGUGUGAUCAGCUCUGUGGGUGCCAACGAGAUUUGGGUGAGGAAAACCAGCGACAGCACAAAGAUGAGGAUCUACCUGGGGCAGCUGCAGCGAGGUGUCUUCGUGAUCCGCCGGCGAUCAGCUGCAUGAUUAUGUCUGUAUUUUUAAACCAAUAGACAAACCUCUAAUGGGGGGAAUGGCAGCCUGUUCACUCAGCAGCAGAGAACACUGUUAUGACCUCUUACGAGACAGUUUGUGGCUGGCCACAUAAUCCCCAGUAGUCCUUAAAUCUUUAGUGACACCCAAGCACUGCCCUGGACUAUUCCUGGAUUUUUUGCAUCAAGCUUCUGUCUGCUUUCUUUGUAUUUCGGGUG